AUGAAGACCGCCGCUGCUUUCGUCUUGGCUGCUGCCAACCUUGUUGCUGGACAUGCCACCUUCCAGAGCUUCGUCAUCGGAGGAAAGGACCAGGGUCAGCACUUCGCUAUUCAGACUCCCGCCAACGGCAACAAUCCUAUCACGGAUGUUACCUCCACUGCUAUGGUCUGCAACGGCGGAAAGGCCGUUACCGACAGGGUCGAGGUUGCUUCCGGCUCUUCCCUGACCUUCCAGUGGCAUCACAACGACCCUGCCACCGUUAGCGGUGACAACGAUGAGCCCAUUGCUGCUUCCCACAAGGGUCCCGUCAUGGUCUACAUCGCCCCUGCCGCCUCCAACGGUGAGGGUGCCGUCUGGACCAAGAUCUACGAGGACGGUUACACUGGUGGAAAGUGGGCCGUUGACAAGUUCAUUGCCAACAAGGGUGCCAUCACCAUCGACCUCCCCAACCUCGCUGCCGGCGACUACAUCAUCCGCCCCGAAAUCAUCGCUCUCCAUGAGGGCAACCGACCCAACGGCGCUCAGUUCUACAACGGCUGCGGAAACAUCAAGGUCACCGGCUCCGGCACUGCCACGCUCCCCAGCACUGGUGUCGACAUGACCAAGGCAUACAAGGCCACUGACCCAGGUGUUCUCUGCAACAUCUACAGCGGUCUCACCUCAUACGAGAUCCCCGGCCCCAAGGUCUGGGAUGGUGCUUCUUCCGGCACCGCUCCGGCUCCCACCACCCCUUCCAAGACUGCUGCCCCUGUCUCCUCGUCUGCCCCCUCCCAGACCGCUACCCCCACCGUCAUUGCCAGCCCCUCUGCCACUCCCAUCAAGGAGGCUGAGCCUGCUACCCCCACCGAGUCCCAGGCUGCCCCCGCUCCUUCCUCCGGCUCCGGCUCCACUCUGCCAGAGACCUUCACCAUUGAGCAGUUCAUCAGCUGGCUCAAGACCACCACCAGCACCCGCAACGCUCGCCGUGCGCACCCCCGUGCUUUCCAGUUGUAA